GCCGCCGCCGCCGCUGCGCCCCGGGCUGAGCCCCGCCCGGCCCGGCCCGGCCCAACCCCGGGUAAAGUUUCCCCCUCGAGCACAUGACUCGCGAUGGCCGCUGCCUCCUCGCCUUGAGCUCUUCCCUUUCGCCGUUCCGUCGUUCUUCGGCUCCGCUCGGGUCGCCGCUCGCCGCCAUGCAGCCGCCGUUACCCGGAGCGUCCCGGCCGUGAGCGCCGCGCGCAGCGCCCGAAGCCGCUCCGUGCCAGGACAGCCCCAUGCUCUGCUCGGCCCCCCGCGCCCCCCGCCUGAGUGCCCCCCAGAGCCGGAGGCCCCGCCAUGGCCAGCAACAGCAGCUCCUGCCCCACACCCGGGGGGGGGCACCUGAACGGCUACCCCGUCACCCCCUACGCCUUCUUCUUCCCCCACAUGCUGGGGGGGCUCUCCCCGCCCAGCUCACUGCCCGGCAUCCAGCACCAGCUGCCCGUCAGCGGCUACAGCACGCCCUCACCUGCCACCGUGGAGACGCAGAGCACCAGCUCAGAGGAGAUCGUGCCCAGCCCGCCCUCCCCGCCGCCGCUGCCGCGCAUCUACAAGCCGUGCUUCGUCUGCCAGGACAAAUCCUCGGGGUACCACUAUGGCGUCAGCGCCUGCGAGGGCUGCAAGGGCUUCUUCCGCCGCAGCAUCCAGAAGAACAUGGUGUACACGUGCCACCGGGACAAGAACUGCAUCAUCAACAAGGUGACGCGCAACCGCUGCCAGUACUGCCGCCUGCAGAAGUGCUUCGAGGUCGGGAUGUCCAAGGAGUCCGUCCGCAAUGACCGCAAUAAGAAGAAGAAGGACGUGCCGAAGACGGAGUGCUCAGAGAGCUACAUCAUCACCCCCGAGGUGGAGGAGCUGAUCGAGAAGGUCCGCAAAGCACACCAGGAGACGUUCCCUGCGCUGUGCCAGCUCGGCAAAUACACCACGAACAACAGCUCGGAGCAGCGCGUGUCGCUGGACAUCGACCUGUGGGACAAGUUCAGUGAGCUGAGCACAAAAUGCAUCAUCAAGACGGUGGAGUUCGCCAAGCAGCUGCCGGGCUUCACCACGCUCACCAUCGCCGACCAAAUCACGCUGCUGAAAGCCGCCUGCCUGGACAUCCUGAUCCUGCGGAUCUGCACGCGCUACACCCCAGAGCAGGACACCAUGACCUUCUCGGACGGGCUGACGCUGAACCGCACGCAGAUGCACAACGCCGGCUUCGGGCCGCUCACAGACCUGGUGUUCGCCUUCGCCAAUCAGCUGCUGCCGCUGGAGAUGGACGAUGCUGAGACCGGGCUGCUGAGCGCCAUCUGCCUCAUCUGUGGGGACCGCCAGGACCUGGAGCAGCCUGACAAGGUGGACAAACUGCAGGAGCCGCUGCUGGAGGCACUGAAGAUCUACGUGAGGAAGAGGAGGCCCAACAAACCCCACAUGUUCCCCAAAAUGCUGAUGAAGAUCACAGAUCUCCGCAGCAUCAGCGCCAAAGGCGCCGAGCGGGUGAUCACACUGAAGAUGGAGAUCCCGGGCUCGAUGCCGCCGCUCAUCCAGGAGAUGCUGGAGAACUCGGAGGGCAUGGACACGAUGGGGGGGCAGCCGGGCGGUCCCCGCACAGGAGGUUUGGGGCCCCCCCCGGGCAGUUGCAGCCCCAGCCUCUCGCCGAGCUCCACACGCAGCAGCCCGGCCACGCACUCGCCGUGACCCACGCCCGGCGUGCACCAGGACACAGCUUGAGGGGGGGGGUCCAUCUGCAGCCCCCCCGGGGCGGACUCCUCGCAGCCCCCCCCCCCAGCACAGCCCCGGGACCCCACCUGGAGCGGACCCUGUGGGAGCGGCGCUGACCCCCGGCCCUCCCCACCCCGGGGCACUGCAGUGCUUUGGUUGAUUCACAUUUCAGGGGCGCGGGGGCCCCCGGGACGCCUCCCUCCCCCCCCCUCCCCCGGCCCCACCAGCACCAGCACAAACGGGACCGCGACCGCCGCCAUCGCCCCGGCCCGGCCCGGCCACUAGGGGGGGGGGGGGGAACCCGGCCGACCCCGCCACCGAGGAAGCAGAGUCAUUUAAAAGAGAAAGAAAUCAAAGUAUAUAUAUAUAAAUAUCUAUAAAUAUCUAUAAAUAUGUUUUAAAACCUUUGUAAAAGUUUGGAGGGGUUUUUAGGCUGUGCAGGUGGAGGGGGCACGG